UGGAGCCGCGGCUGCCGGCGCCAGACGCCGCGGUGGCCGCGGGGAGCUCGCCGGCUGGGCGAUGCGGCCCGUGGACGACACUGGGGCCGCCAAGCGGCUGGAGUCCGGGCUGCCGCUGGUGGACAUCCCGCCCGCGGGCUCCAGGGAAGAGUCGGCGGCCACCGAGGUAGCGGAGACGCCCGGCCCCGGCGGGUGCUGGCAGUGUCCUUCCUUGCCGUGCGGCUCGCACGCGGAGCAGGAAGCUGAGAAGAAAGCACCCUGUCCUGGACUUGGCUUGUUUUACACAUUAUUGUCUGCGUUCCUAUUCUCAGUGGGCUCUUUAUUUGUUAAAAAAGUGCAAGACAUCCACGCUGUAGAAAUUAGUGCAUUCCGAUGUGUGUUCCAAAUGCUAAUCAUUAUCCCUUGCUUAAUAUACAGAAAAACUGGGUUUAUAGGCCCCAAAGGUCAACGAAUCUUCCUCCUUCUCAGAGGAGUCCUUGGUUCUAGUGCCAUGAUCCUUUUAUACUACGCCUACCAAUCAACAUCCCUCGCUGAUGCCACGGUUAUCUCAUUUAGCUGUCCAGUGUUUACGUCUAUUAUUGCUUGCAUAUUUCUCAAGGAAAAGUAUAGCCUUUGGGACGCUGUCUUCACUGCAUUCACAAUCACCGGAGUGAUCCUUAUCGUGAGGCCGCCAUUUUUGUUUGGUUCCGAAGUCGUGGAGACGGAUAAAGACUAUUCAGUUCACGUGAAGGGUGCUUUCGCAGCACUUGUCCACGCUGUGUUUGCUGCCGUGACUUUAGUUAUCCUAAGGAAAAUAGGGACAUCUGUGGACUACAUGUUGAGCAUUUGGUAUUAUGUAGUAGCUGGCCUUACCGAGUGCAUCAUUGCCCUUUCUAUAUUAGGAGAAUGGAGUCUGCCGCACUGUGGGUUGGACAGGCUAUUUCUCAUACUAAUUGGGCUGUUUGGUUUGGGAGGUCAGGUGUUUCUCGCAAAAGCCAUUCAAAUAGAAAAAGCAGGGCUAGUAGCAUUAAUGAAGACUAUGGAUGUGGUCUUUGCUUUUAUCUUUCAGAUUAUUUUCUUUCAUGAUGUGCCGUCGUGGUGGACAGUGGGUGGCUCCUUAUGUGUAGUAGCCAGUAGCAUUGGAGCGGCCGUUCGUAAAUGGUACCAGAGCUCCAAAUAAAGCGUCAUUGCUGAAAUGUGUAUUUCUUUAAAGUACACCAUCACCCAGUUGAGACAUACCACCCGCAUACACACCUGGAAAAUCUGCAUUUACUUCAUUGACUAUAUACAAUACAUUUCAUAGUUAAGGUACCAUUUUUGAAUAUGGUAUGUCUUUAAUUAGUUGAGGAUAGCCAGUCAUUUGGGUAUAGCAAUUAUUAUUUUUUGUGUGUGUCAGUUAUUUUUUGGUUUUGGUUUUGGCUUUGGUUGUUGGGGUGGCAUUUGGUAAGAGAACACAUCAUUAGUUGAAGAAAAACUGCACAAUUUUUUAUGACUCAAGUAUAAAUAUAUGUAAUUUUUAAAAGUGUAUUUUUGGUACUUGAUGGGAUAUAGGUGGGAGGAAAUUUUAGAUUCUCUUUUAGCAGUGUAGAGGCUAAGAAACUUAUUGAUAAUAAUGCUGCUGUAUAAUUAGUGUUGUAUUGAGAAUUCAUUUGAAAUGUAAUCCCAUUUAGGAGGCCAAAGCUGAAACCUGGAGUAGGUGCCUACUUAAUGGUAUUAAUAAAACAAAUGAAUUAGCCUUAUUUUCAAGGCUUUUAUAAAUUAUUGUCAUUCUUUUAACCCAUAUUUGUGCCUUUUCACUUUAAUGCUGAAAUUUUUAUACAUAAACUUAAAAAAAAUCUUUAAAUCACCAAAUUUGGCUAAUAGUUUUCUGUUUUAGUGGCAUUAGCAUUUGUAGCUACAUUCUGUAAGUCUAAUUGUCCUCUGUUUUUUUGAAACUGCACUAAAUUUUUCUUAACUUUCUAAGUUAAGGUGUUUAAAAAUCAUAAGAAAGAAAUCUUGGUGUGGCCAGUGUGCACAUUUCCAUCCUGAAGUGUUUUCCCUAUACUAGAAAUGUGAUUUUCUAUAAAUUCUCUUUGAAUUUAUGGUGUGAUGCCAAAUAAAAUUUUCUCAGGGCUUUAUUAGGUUGAACCAUAAGAAAUUGAUGAGAUUUUACCUU